GUCGAAAGCUCUGGUUUCCAAUAUAAGAACUAGCAUACAAAACUAUAUAUUUUAUUGAAUUCUCUCAAUUUCGUAUUAAUUAUGUAUUAAAACCUAUUAUUUUACAGUUAUUAUGAAAAUAAAAUAAUAAUGCGGUAAUGAAGCAUGGAAAAAAAUUUUCAAAGUACUGUAUUAAAAAGCUUGACAAUUAUUAUAAUAAAACAUUUUGCUAACAAUUAAUUGACUGGUUUUAAAAUUUAACAAAAGCCAAAUAUAUGUGUACACCAUUUUGCCGUGUUUUUAGACAACGAGAGAGACCUUUUUUCAAUAUAUCGAUAGGUGAGUCUCGAAAUCCGAAUCAUUUAAACAAUGCGCAAUCUGAUAAGCAAUCGUAUUUAUCGGUAUCAAUUCAACGCAAUAUUAAAUAUAGACCUAUGCCUGAUCCAUUAUCUGUUUAUGUACCAUUGCAAUCUUUAACGAAAGAAGUUAUAAAUUCACUUGUUUCAACUAUUCCACAAGCUAAGAGUAACAAUUGGGAUAAUAGUAGACGUACUCUACUUGCUUUUCUACUUGCAAUAAAUAAUAAAUUGAAUCAAAUCGAAAAACAUACUGGUUCAAACAAUAAAUUUGAUGAAAAAAUUAUUCAACAUGCUAGAGAAGUUCGUCAAUGGCUCGCAGAAAAACAUCUUAAAUGGGACGAACUUCAAACAAAAUAUGAAGAUACGGCAAAAAAAUAUAAUAAUGAACUUGCACUAAUGUUUAAUGCUGAAACUGUUGAGCCUUACUAUGAGUUAACAUUCAAAGGAUUACAUCCUGAUGUUAUGCAAUCCCGUAAAUAUAUGGCUCGUUUUCGUAGUCAUGGUUGGGAUCCGAAAGACUUGAAAGUAUAUUGGAAUGCACAACAGUUGGAGGAUCUUUGUCCAAAACAUGAAAUAAAUAGUAAACAAACGGAAGAAAGUGAUAAAACAAAACUCGAAGUAAACAACAGUCCAAAUGAUGAAGAUAAAAAUAAAGAAAAUGUACUAGCAGAUGAAUCAAAAGAUAAAAAAUCAAAUGAAGUUGAAAGAAAACUUGGAGUGAAGAAUAAACAAUCAAUAGUAGAAGAUGAAACAAUAAACAAUCAAUGCAAAGCUGAAGUACAAGAUGGAGAAAUUGAAAAAUUAGUGGAAAAAAUGGACAUCACAGAUGAACAUUCAAAUGAUACAAAUGACAAUCAAUGCGAAGCAGUAUCUAAAAUAGAUAUUAAAAUGAAAAAUGAUCAAAUAGGUGAUAAUAAUUUACUUCUACAUGAUCCAUCCGAUGCAGAUGCUAUACAAGCUUUGUAUGAAUAUCCUGUAUCAAAAAGAACUCAUGCUGGCAAAAUAACCUACGUGAAUAAAGGCAUUGAAAAAGCAGUUUUUGAUGCACCUAAAGAUGCUCAAUUGAUUGUUCUUAAUUUCGCUAAUGAACGAUCUCCUGGAGGUGGAUAUUUACGACAUGCACGGGCACAAGAGGAAAUUAUUCUUUACAAUUCUGAUGGUUAUCGAUCAUUACUUGAUCUAAAAUAUGGACGUAUGGGUGGUGGAUAUGCAAUACCUGAAUUUGGAUUAGCAUAUGUAUGCGAUAUACGAUUUGUUGAUAAAAAAACUGGUGAAGUUCGUAAAGCUGAUAUGUUAGUUUCUGCAUGUUAUUGUUUAUCUGCUUCACCUCAACUUUAUGAUAAUCCAAAAUCGACUCAACAGUGGAUAACAAAUAAUCUGGCUAAGUUUCGUGCAUUUAUAGCUGCAGCUGUUGCUAAUACUAAAGGUGAUGGAUCAAAUACUUAUCUUCUACUUGGACCAAUUGGUACAGGUGCAUUUGGAAAUGAUGUCACUCAAAUUGGUUAUGCUUUUCGCGAUGUACUCAAAGCAAAGAUGAUGGGUUCAAAUGGUCCUAUACGUUAUGCUUUUGAAAAUAUUUGGUUUAUAUCAACUGAUACAUGGAAAAAUGAACGCUUUGAAAAGAUCUUAAAUGAGGAGGAGAUACGUGAAACUGACUAA